GGGCUGGAGCAGAGCUGUGGCUCUGGGGCUCUCCUGGCUGGGGAGGCAGAGCCCUGUGUGCUGGCACAGACAGGAGGAGUGUGCCUGGCCCCACAGCUGCAGCCUGCCCUGGAGAAGGCUCAGGCUGCCAGUGGUGGUGAGGAUAAUGGAGCGUGUCCCACAGCGACGUGGCCUUCUGCCUCCCAGCCCGGUGUCUGAGCACAGGGGACCACAGGGGGGCUGAGCUGCAGGCAGGAUCUGCUGCAGAGGAACAACCUGGGGCUGGUGGGCACUGUCUCCCAUCAGGAAACUGACUCAAGGAAGAGAAGACGAGGGUGAGGUGAGGUGAGGUGAGGUAAGGCUGGCAGCAGAAGUGGAAAUUUUGGGUUGAAUCUCCAGCCAUGGUUCUCUUGGAUGCCUUGUCCUACUCAGCACCAGCUCCGGGACCGUAGCCAAGGUGGUGAGUCUUGUCUACCCCGAGCAUCUGCUGCGUGGCAGGAGGGAGCACCAAGUCCUUCUGGCUGUGCCAGGGCUGUGAGCAGCACUGUCAGGCCGGCAGGGACUGUCGUUGGGGUGGCACAGAGCAGCUGUGGCUGCCCAGCCUGGGCGCUGUGGCUUGGCAGCACUGAGAGCAGGCACUGCCAGGUGCAGGUUCAGGGUCCUUCUGUCCUUGAGGGAACCAUUGGAAGCUGCACCUCAGUUUAUCUGUGAGUUGGAGGCAGAGACAAAGGCUGGAUGAUCCUGUGGCAGGGCAGUGCUGGGGAUUAAUUGGCUCAGAGCUGUUCUGAGAUGCAAACUGAGAGCUGGUUGUUCACAGCGCGUCGGGGCCUGAUUCUCACCCUGAGCUACAUCUCCAUGCCUGCCAAAGUUUUUCUACUGCUACACAGAAGGAUGUGUUUUCAGCAAAGACUUCCAUGUAGAAGACUGAAAAAAAAUUAAGUAAAAAGUAACUCCAAGCUCGGAAUGGUGUUGCCAGGGAGAAUGUUUACAAGGAAGCAGCCUGAUAAACAAGGAAAAUCGGCAGCCUCAGGAAAGCAGGCUGGACUGAAAAAGUAACGGAAUUAUGUGGAACUUGUCUGAGUCACUGACCCUACAUCUCCACAAGUUCUUUCAGGGACUGCCAUGAAGGAGGACCAAAGAGGCUGCAGCUGAGAGGAGAUCUGCCCUUUCUGGUCACCAAGGGUUUCAGAUCUCCUCCCCUAGCCUCUCCCAGUCUUUUGUACUUUGUGUGUUAAUCCAUCCAGUGCAGCAUACACUGACAGAGGCAGGAGCUGGAAAGCUUGCUCUGAAAGCCUCUGAAUGCUGCUGGACCAGCCACAGGCAUGAACUUGAAACCCGUGCUCAUCCUCCUUGGUCUGGCGUUAGCCACGAUCUUCGCCUUGGUCUGCGUGUUGCUGACCAGAGAAAGGAGCCCCAGGAGCUGCCAGCACCUGCCCCCGGAGCAGGAGGACACGGAGGAUGGCCAGAGCCUGGUGUUUGCUGACCUGACAGCUGAGGAGAUGUCGCAGGUGGUGCGGUACCUGCAGGGACACCUCGGGGUGCCGCUGGUGGACGCGUCGCGUGCCGAGCCCUCGGAGAACUGCAUCGCCUGGGUGGAUCUGCAGGUGCCCGCCAAGGCAGAGGUGCUGCGGUUCCUGGACGCCGGCGGGGCUCGUCCCCCCCGGGAGGCUCUGGCUGUGCUGUACUUUGGGAAGCAGCCGGAGCCCAACAUCACCGAGUACGUGGUGGGGCCGCUGCCGAGGCCGGCGUACCACCGGGACGUGACGGCGCACAAGUACGGGGGGAAGGUGCCCUACCACCGCAGGCCCGUCACGGGCAGGGAGUACGCGGAUAUCAACGCCCUCAUUCAGAGGGAGCUGAAAAAGGCGCCGCGCUUCCUCGCCGCGUGCUGCGAGUCCGACGGAACCAACCUGGUCACCCUCACCACAGCCCCACGGGGCUUCGAGUCCGGCGACCGCGUGACCUGGUUUGUCCUUUUCCACAAUGUGGCUGGCACUGGCUACUACCUGUCCCCAGUGGGGCUGGAGGUGCUGGUGGAUCAUGGGGACCUCCAGGUCUCCCGGUGGCAGCUGCGCAAAGUCUUCUACAACGGCCGGUACUUUGCCAGCACCGGGGAGCUGGAACAGGAGUUUGUGGCGGGCACGCUGGAGGUGGUGAGACUGAAGCAGCCCCAGGCUGAUGCAGUGCUGGGCUCAAUGAAGCCCCGGCGCCUGCCUGGGACCCCGGGCCCGCUGCAGUUUGAGCCGCAGGGUCGCCGCUACAGCGUCAGGAACAACCGCGUCACCUUCCAGGGCUGGAGCAUCGCCUUCGGCAUGAACCCCAACACCGGCCCGCGCCUCUUCGACAUCAGGUACCGUGGGGAGAGGAUUGCCUAUGAGCUGAGCCUGCAGGAAGCCUUAGCCCUGUACGGCUCCAACUGCCCCGGGGGCAUGUCCACCCGCUACCUGGACGGCAGCUUUGGCAUCGGCAGGUUUGCCUAUGAGCUGGUGCAGGGCCUGGACUGCCCCUACACGGCGACCUACGUGCACCGGCACUACCUGGCGGAGUCAGACACUCCCAGAACCAACCAAAACUCACUCUGCAUUUUUGAGCACGACUCUGCCCUCCCUCUGAGGCGCCACUUCUCCGACUCCCAGUCCUUCUACUACGGCGGGCUGCGGAAAAACACGCUGGUCAUCCGCACCAUCUCCACGCUCAUCAACUACGACUACAUCUGGGACUUCAUGUUCCAUGCCAGCGGGGCCGUGGAGGUCCGGGUGCACGCCACAGGCUACAUCAGCUCCUCCUUCCUCCACGGCCGAGGCACUGACUAUGGCAACAGGGUUGGGCCCCACACGCUGGGGACGAUGCACCUCCACCACAUCCACUACAAGGUGGACCUGGAUGUUGACGGGCAGCUGAACUCCCUGGAGACGCAGGAUAUGGAGUACGAGUUUGUCAGAGAUCCCUGGAGUGCACAGAACACCAUUGAGCGGCCAUACCUCCGCAGGGAAAGGCUGGAGAGGGAGGAUGAGGCAGCGUUCCCACUCAAUGUCCCCAUGCCCCGCUACAUCUCCUUUGUCAGCCCCAAUCCCAACAAGUGGGAGCACCCACGCAGCUACAGGAUCCAGAUCAUCAGCUUUGCUGGGAAGCACCUGCCCACCAACAGCUCCAUGGAACGCUCUGUCAGCUGGGGCAGGUACCAGCUGGCUGUCACCCGGAGGAAGGAGCAGGAGCCCACCAGCACCAGCAUCUACAACCAGAACGACCCCUGGACGCCCACUGUGGCCUUUGCUGACUUCAUCAACAACGAGACCAUCACCAACCAGGACUUGGUUGCCUGGAUCACAGUGGGGUUCCUGCACGUCCCUCGUGCUGAAGACAUCCCCAACACAGUGACAGUGGGGAAUGGUGUUGGCUUUUUCCUGAGGCCCUACAACUACUUCAACGAGGACCCCUCGGUGGAUUCACCUGACAGUGUGUACUUCAGCAGCGAACAGGAUGUCGGGGCAUGUGGGGACAAUCCCCUUGCCUGCCUGUCCUCUGCUGCCACCUGUGCCCCCCGCCUGCCCCCCUUCCACUUCGGGGGCUUCCUCAACCUCAGCCUGGUGCCGCCUCUUGGCGGGCUCUGAUGGGCCAGGGGCUGCUGCUGGCUCAGGGUGCCUACUCAGAGGGUCUCUGUCCCACACCAGACCUGCUGUCCCCCUGCCCAGGCUGUCCUGUGCUGCGAGAAGCUCAGUUCUUGUUUCAGCACUGCCAAAGGAGGGCCCAAAGCCUGUGAAAAGCAGCCCCCUGGGUGUGAUUUUUUAUCUCACCCUGGAUGUCACCCGGUGCCCACAGCCGCUCCCCUCCUCUGGGAUGGGGCUUCCACCGCCUUCCCAUCCCUGGUGCACACAGGGGGACAGUGCUGGCCAGGGCACAAAGCUGCAGCUGCCCUCGGAGCUGCGUCCACCUGAGGUUUUGCCUGCUGUGGCAGGAGUCAGUGGUGUGGGGUUGCUGUGGAACUGCCACAGGAUGCCCAAACCCCCUGCCCAGCCUCGCAGCCAUUGCAGCAGAGGGCCAGCUCUGCAGAGGGAGGUGCUGCCCUGGGCUGGCUAGGAGGCUGCUGGAGGAGCUCUUGGCUGGGUCUCUGGAUGGGCACUCCCCGGGCUGGGCUGCCCCGUGUCUGCCCUUCCCAAUAAACGGGCACUCGAGUGCUUUUCCUGAA